UACUCGUGUCGCAGAUUCGACAGAAAUUUUGUACACACGUAAUGCAAAAUUCGCUCUAAAUCUAAAGUGGAGACUAUAUUAAGUCGCAUGAUGGCGCGUGCCCGUUGAUAAAUUUGUUUUAUUUUAGUGCUCACGCGUUGGAGAAAUGGAUGCACAGGGAGCAGCCGGUUCUGUGUUCAUGUGUCGACUGUGCAACCUCUUCUCUCCCAGUCGCCCUCUGCUCCUGGUCCAUUGCUCCCAGGAGCAUCCCCAGCAGGAGCCUCCUGGUGAUGUCAUCAUUGCGCUGCAGCCCCUUGUAUCAGAGCCUGUGGAGACUUAUUGUCCACAGGAGACACCAACAGAGGGCCCAGCGAAGCGAAAGCGAGGACGACCAAAAGGCUCCACGAAGAAGUCCAAGACCGACUCCACCCAUUCUCUUGGGGAUAAUUCUCUUGGACAAGAAGAGGAGAAUAAGAAGCAGGGAGACCCACAAAAUGGCUCAAUAGAAGGUGAAAGCCACACUAGAAUUUUGGAACUUAAUUGCAAAAAAUGCCAUCGCAACUUCAGCAACAGACGACAGAUCCUCAAACACAUAUGUCUGAGAGGAGAUGAGGGGGACAACGAUGAGGAGAUGGGGGGAAACUUUGUCGAAGAAGAUGUUGAGGAUUCUGGAUCUUUGGACCCUGAGGAAGCUGCUCCAAUCAAGAAGAAGCAAAACACAGAGAAGGCAGAAAAAGCCAUUGGCAGAUUCAGAUCCCAGAGAAGUGGCCGAAGCCAAAUAUCCAAAGAAGGAGACGCAGCAACAGAAAACAAGAAAUCAGUCAUCAGCGUUGUUCUGAAAGAAGAUCAGACUCUUCCAGGUGUUUUUAAAAUGGUUCCAGUAGAGAACAGUUCAGGGGAUACAGAGUCUGCUGUCGACAAGACUCAGCCUCAGGCCACCGAGCCGUCUGCAGUCGUCCAGAGUCAGUCACAAGACCGUUCAAGCGAAGCCACCAUCUCGAACAACAACUCUGAAACGGACCAAGACCCAAGCUCCAACCCAACCUUCACAACAACAACAACAACAGAAGCAGCAGCCAGCAAAGGCUUCCAGGAAUAUUCUAUCAAGCAAAAUAAUACCAAUUUACCUCAGAGCCAGCUGAAGAUCUUCACCUGUGAGUUCUGUAAAAAGAUCUUUAAGUUCAGACACUCGCUGGUCGCUCACCUCAGGACGCACACGCAGGAGAAACCCUUCCAGUGUCCACACUGUGACUACGCAUCCGCCAUCAAAGCCAACCUGAACGUUCACCUGAGGAAACACACAGGACAGAAGUUCAGCUGUCAGCACUGUGCUUUCACCUGCCUCAGCCCAGGACAUCUCAAGGUCCACGUAGAGCGAGUCCACAUGAAGGUGAAGCAGCACUGCAGCUUCUGUGCGAAAAAAUACUCCGAUGUCAAGAACUUGCUGAAACACAUGGAGAAGCAUCAUAACCUCAAAGACCCUAAGGUCCACCAGAGCUACCAGGAACUGAGUUUAAAGACUCGUCAGGGCCUGAGACAGCUCCUGUACCACUGUCCCACCUGUAAACGACGCUUCAAGAACCAGCUCGAGCGGGAGCGUCACCUGUUGGUCCACGGGCCUCUGCGUCCCUUCGCCUGCGUGCUCUGUGACCAUGCGGCAACCAAGCUGGACGCCCUCACCGCUCAUGUCAAGAAGCACCUCUUCCUGUACAUGUGCUCCGUGUGUGACGGGAAGUUUGUCAGCUGUCAGAGACUAAAGAGUCACCUGAAAGAGUCUCACGCCGACCUGGACCAGGAGCAGGCCUUCAGCGACUGUAUCGAUAACAGCUACUUUCUGAAACAGCCCGGAGGAGACGCGAGGGGGGAUGAGGAGAGGGUGGACACGGAAAGAGGCGGACAGGAGGAGCCCAGGACAGAGCAGGAAGGUGAAGAUGAGAGGAUGAGAGAGGAGGGUGGAAGUGAUGGUGUCGGAGGGGAACAGGAAGAGUCCAGGACAGAGCAGGAAGGUGAAGAUGAGAGGAUGAGACUGGAGGGUGGAAGUAACGGUGACGGAGGGGAGGAGUUGCCUGGUGGUGAAGCAGAGAGGCUGGAAACUGUCGCAAGGGAAGAGAGGGAGAAUGAGGGGGAAGAAGCUAGUGCUCAGGGUGAAAGUUUGGAAGAUGAGCAGGUCAAAGAAGAAGAAACACAAGAAUUGAUUUCUAUAGAAACUUCAACUCCCACUGACACACAGGACAAAACCACAGCUGGGGAAGCAGCACAGGCCAACUCGGAAGACCCAUGCACCCCUGCAGCCGAGAAUAUUGACAGUAACGAACACAACACCAAAACUUGUCCAUCACCGGAGAACAAUCACAGCCCUCACACGGAGGAGAGGACUCAAGAAAACACACAUGCAGCCAGAAACACAGACGCACCUUCGUCACCGGUACCUCCAGGGGCAAAGGAUCAAACCCCACAUUCAGAGAAGAGUGCAUUCCAGCAGGUGUUUUCAUCUCUUCAGAAGACUCCCCUCAACAUGGAGACUUUCCAGCAGCUCAGGAGACUUUACGGAGACUUAGAAUGCCAGUACUGUGGUAAACUGUUCUGGUUCAAAGUCCAAUAUAACAUCCAUGUGCGCACCCACACCAAGGAGCACCUGCAUUACUGUACAAAGUGUAGCUACUCGUCCAUCACUAAAAGCUCCUUAAAGCGUCACCAGAUCCAGAAGCACAGCGGGCUGCUGCUGCCUUGUUCUAAUCCCGGCUGUAAAUACACCACACCGGACAAAUACAAACUACAAGCCCAUCUGAGGACGCACCAGGAACAGGGGAAGAGUGUGUCCUGUCCCGUCUGCCAUCAAAGCUUCGCAAAGCGCAAGUUAAAAAACCACAUGAAAACAUCCCACCCUGAUGGGCGGCCUGUGCGGGGAAAAGGAUUGAUUGCGGAGCGUGCAAAGAAGUGCCCGUACUGUGACUCCUACUUCCUGAGGAAGAGCAGAGAGUUUAAGCAGCACAUCUGGGCCCAUGAAGGUCUGAAGCCGUUCCUCUGCAGCUUGUGUGACUACACAGGUCGCAGCAAGAGUAACCUCAAGUCUCAUAUGAAUCGACACAACACUGAGAAACCUCAUCUGUGUGACCUGUGCGGUAAAAAGUUCAAAUCGAAAGUCACCCUGAAAUGCCACAGACAGAGCCACACAAAAGAAGGGAAGCGGUUCCAAUGUUCGGAGUGUGACUUUACCGCGGUCUCUAAACCUUCCCUGCUCAGACAUAAGGAGCAACACUCUCAAUUUAAGCCAUUCCGUUGUGCCCACUGCCGCUACUCCUGCAACCUCACUGGUCCUCUGAAGAGACACUACAGCUUGAAACACCCAGAUCAGAAAUAUGAGAAUGCCGGAACCGGGCUGCCCACUGCUGAUGCUCUGAAACAGCAAGGUGGAAAGAAGUGUCCCGAUUGUGACUUUGUUUACGGCACCAAGUGGGAGCUGAAUCGCCACAUGAAGAACAAACACAUCCAGAGAGUGGAAACCUGGGAGACUGGUGAGACGAUCGAGGCCCACUAUGUGACUGAAGAGCUGCUGACAGAAGAACCUGUAGCAGUGCUGCACGAUAACGUUGAUAUCCAGGAGAUCACUGAGUUCAGUUCAGAGGCUCAUGAUGCUGUCACCUCCAUGGUCGCCAUGGCUCCAGGCACCGUUACCGUCGUACAGCAGUUGCAGGUGGGCGACGAACAGGAAAUUGAGAACUGCGGCGAGCAGCUGAUGGUGGUGAACGAAGACGGGGACUUAACCGGUGACCAGGUGAUGGUGGUGGAGGAUGAACACGGCCUGGAGGCUCUGACCGUCCUCACUCAGGGAGAAAACACUCACCACUAUAUAGUCUACGUUCAGGAACACACUGUAGAAAUCAACUAGCAAUGCUAGAAUUUCAACAUAAGAGUAUUGACCUAUCAACACUGAAUGGCUCACUGAUUAUAGAUCAGUAAGCAAAUGUAAAUAACCUCAAAUGUACAAAAGUAACAAUAAAAUCAUGAUUUAGUAAA